AUUCAGGCCCGUCGAAUACCACCAGGCUUUUUCGACGACACCCAAUCCUCUACAGCACGUGGUACCCGUACUCUCUCUCCUGCGCACAAUUCUCGCAGUCAUCGCCCAUCUCUAUUUGCCAUUCCACGUGCCCUUCUCGAACGACUUUCGUCGUUCUUCCAGCCUCACUCUCACUCCGAUGUUGAUAGAGCAACCGAACUUCAGCAACGCCCAAGGCGUUCCAUCUUUUCUCGCGGUCCUCCUAUUGUCGAAGUUGCUACAGUACCGGACAAAAAGGCAUUAUAUGUUGCUCCACGACCGCGGCCGCAGCAGCAAAGCCAGUCGCACACCCAGGGCUCGUCGUCGCAAUCUCAGCCCACCACAACACCUGCUCAAGGUACCAGCACUGCCGCACCAGGUGCAGCAACCGCGCAGUCACCACGCAUCCCAUUGUGGGCUCGUUUUAUUCUAUUUAUCUGCUGCGCAUCUCCCCCGCACGCCAAUGGUCAUUAAUACAGGAGCAGUACAUGUACAAUCAUCUUGCUCUUCACGUCUUCCGCUCUUCCAACAAUCCUGGUUCUUCACGUCAUACUCGUUCCCAAGCUUAGAGUCCUGGCUUGCGACAGGUAUGCAGAGCAGCAACACCUGAAUACAUAAUGAAGAAUGGAGCUGUCACUUUUUGGGUGACCCUGUCGUUGCGAAACUAUUUCCUUGGACUUGUUCUGUGUCAAACUUCGCCACAAUGUUUGAAAAGCAUGAGUAUUUUGUUCCAACAUUUUUGUCAGUGGUAGAGAGCCAGUCACGGUUACAUUGCAGACUCGUUUCGUUCUCUUUUUUUUGGCCGU